CACAGCGCGCAGCAGCCCGCUUCUCGGCGGCGGUGCGGCGGCAUUUUCCUCAACCAAAAAUUUCUAUGUGAUUCAAUGUGAUCUGAGCAAAAAAACAUCAAAGCUUUGACGGCAUUUCCAAUCUGUCAACUUCUGGUCGUUCAAUAUUAGAGUUACAUAAGCUCUUCCCCUAUUUUUAUUGUUCCCACCGCCUCUCCUACGUGCCCAUCAUGGCGCCGAUUCCCAUCACCAUCAUCACUGGUUUCCUCGGUUCCGGCAAGACGACGCUGAUUCUCAACCUCCUCCCCCAGCUUAAGGCCGCGAACCCGUCGUACAAGCUUGCUCUCCUCAAAAACGAGUUCGGCGACCUGGCCGUCGACUCGCAGCUGGCCUCCUCCAACGCCAUCUCGGGCGUGCAGGAGCUUCUCAACGGCUGCAUCUGCUGCAACCUCGUCGGCCAGCUGAGCGUCGCCCUCGCCGAGCUGCACUCGACUGUCCAACCUGACCGCAUCGUCAUCGAGACGAGCGGCUCCGCAUUCCCCGCGACCCUGGCCCUCGAGGUCAACCGUCUCGCACGAGAGACGGGCAACUACACUCUCGACGGCGUCAUCAGCGUCAUCGACACGGAAAACUGGAAGGGCUACGAGGACACGAGCUAUACGGCGCGCAUCCAAGCCAAGUACACGGACCUUAUCGUCUUCAACAAGUGGGAGCUCUGCUCCGAGGACCGUUUCGAUGAGGUUCUCGACAGGGUGGGCGACCUCGAGGUUGACAUUCCGUGGGUCAAGAGCAAGAAGGGCUGGGUCGGUGCCGAUCUCGUCUUCGGCGUGGAUGGCGGCCUUGCGCAAGGCCUGACGGAGGACCACACACAUGACCACGACCACAAGGGGGAGAGCCACUCGCACGACCACCAGACCGAGGUCGAGGUUCUAUCGGUCGAGCUGAAAGGGCCCAAGGACGCCGCCGUCAACGCGGACAAGCUACAGAGCCUGCUGCGCACCGCGCCGAAGGACGAGGUGUACCGCAUAAAGGCUGUUCUGACCGCGUCGUCGACGGUGAGGGACUCGGACGAAGAUGCCCAGAUUCCCACGCCACCUCACCCUAAGUCGCGGUAUAUUCUUAACUGGGCGUUCGGUCGGUGGACUUUCACGCCCAUCGCCGAGGGCAAUGCCGAGCAUGCUUCAAGUGAAGGAGCCCUCCUGCGCAUGACCAUGAUCUUGGGGAGAUACGAGAGCAACAAGUGGAAGAAGAAGCUCGAGACCGGCUCGUUCCUCGAGGUCGAGGGUGGCGAGGGCGAGUUGGUGGUUUCGAAGAUCUUAUGAAGACAUGAUAGACGCAAGAUGACAGAGUCACGAUACAUGAGGCGCAUAGAAGCAAAUUCAAGGGUUGAAAAGGUGGGCAGUAGCAUUGCGAUGCGAAACAGGCAUGGCCGAGAGAUCCGAACUUUCAUUGUAGACAGAUGAAUUUUAGAAUCAUGAGAGGCUGUAGAUUUCCAACAGUUAGCCCCAGAGUUGCUGAUC